AUGACUCACGUCCAGGUCAGCAACAACGUUACCAUCGGCAUACUAGCUCUUCAAGGAGCUUUUGCAGAACAUCAGACUGCCCUGCAAAAGCUCUCAUGCCAGAAGAAAAUAUCGGUUGUUCUUGUUCGGACUGCAGAAGAUCUUUCAGCAUGUGAUGCUCUGAUAAUCCCCGGAGGGGAGUCCACCACGAUUGCAUUCCUCGCCAAGCUCUCUGGACUUUUAGAACCUUUACGGACGUUUCUGCAGCAGAAGCCCGUGUGGGGAACUUGUGCCGGGGCGAUUCUUCUUGCACAGGCAGUCGAGAACACCAAAAGAGGUGGCCAGGAACUUCUCGGUGGAAUAUCAGUCACCAUAGCUCGGAAUGGUUGGGGUUCACAAGUCGAGUCUUUCGAGGCACCUCUCUCAAUAGACGGUCUGCUGGAUCCAAGCACUCCUUUUAUGGGUGUAUUCAUUCGUGCUCCUGUUGUCUUAGCCUUACAUCCAUCCACCGAGAACCCACCAAUAGAAGUCAUCGCUCGCUUACCGAUCAACCUCGUGCCAAAGUCACAGAAGCUGAUACUAAAUGACGAAGGCGACUCCAGUCCACACGAUUCACAAAGUAUCGUUGCAUUACGGCAGGGACGACAUAUGCUCACCACAUUUCACCCGGAGCUCACAAAAGACAGUCGUUUUCAUGAGUAUUUUGUGCGGACUUGUGUUGUGCCUACCCUCCUGUGA